GGAAGACAGCUUACCCGCCUACCUGCCUCCCUCCUGUCUCCUCCUCCUCGGACUCGAAUCACAACUUCCGUCCUCCUCCUCCUCCUCCUCCUCUCUCACCUCCUCCUCUCUAUCUAUCUAUCUUUCUAUCUAUCUCAUUCUCUGACCUCUGAAUCCUCUUCCCGCAAUCCUUCAUUUCUCCCGUAUCUCUUUGUCGUGGUUUUGUUCGUCGGGCCUUCUUGUUUCCUGUACUUGCUUGAUCUCGAACCCACACUGACUGGUGAUUUGUGGAUUUUCCGCUCUUUUUCUAUCUCGAAGAUCGGGUUGAGUGGUUGCCACUUCUAUUUUCCCUGGUCUAAACAACACUUGUUGAAUCCGGAUAACUUUUGCCCCCUUUUUGCUCGACUUCAAUAUCGAAGCUUGCUCCGCAUUAACUCUUACGGUAGAAGAUGAUUGGCGGAGCGUACUUGGAAAAGUGUUGGCAGAUCCUUGAAUCUGGAUCUAUGAAAAAAUAUGCACGUCUCUUGGGAGUAACCAAUGCUGUGCUCAUGUUUGGGAUACCGUUCCUUACGCUGAUUAUCGGAAGGACUCUAACCGCUUCAAACUUUGUCCUUCUUGUAGUUUUUGGCUUCUUUUGCGCAGUGCUGGAAAUGCCUUUCUGCUGCAGCUGUGCGACAUUCUGUCUCAAAAUUCAAGAAUUGUUUGCGCCAAUCGAAUCUCGUAUGUGGCUAAAAGCUGUCUUUUAUCUUGUGCUUGCAACGAUACUCAUCUCCUGUCAAGUUCAUGUCAAGGGAGGCCCUGCUGGCUGGACGUUCGGUAUACUCACAGCCAUCAACGCCGUUCUGUACAUCCUUGCCGUGUUUUACCCGGAUCCAAAUGAGGAGAAAGAGAAUGAUGCGGGAGAGGGAGUGUCACGUGACGAGGUUCGAAGCCACGACAUUGAGCAUGGAGCCUCUCCUGCUCUUCCGCCGCCGCCUCCUCCCAAGGAACAAUCGCCCGUUGACCCCAACGCUGCUGGAUCUGCGUUGAAGUCUGCCGUUAUCAACCACGUGAAGGACAACCCCAAACUUAUUCAGGAGGCGUUGAAAGCUGCUGGCAAGAUAUGAUUUGAUUCAGUAGUGUGACUGGCAUAGCUGCGCAUUCCGAGUGUAAACUAGCAAUCAUAACACUGAAGGCAGAAGAAUGGGAGACUCGCAUACAAUCCCAUGUCUGAUAGUGUCGCAGUCGUGGAGCUGUAAAUUGUCUCAAAACCUUAAAUUCUUCUUAGUUUAGCAAAAUUCCUUUGUUAUGUAGCAAAAGACGUAAGAAGAAAUCUAAUAAAUUUCCAUCUCU